CGAUGCCCCGACAGGACUCAGCAGUCAUGGCCCACCAAGGCUCCCCGAACCCCGGCUACAGCUCCAACAACGCGGUCCCGGUGCCGGUCAUCACUCAGACGGACUCCCGGGACAAAUGGAGCAAAAAAAUGGAUUUUCUCUUGUCUGUCAUUGGCUUUGCGGUGGACCUGGGUAAUGUUUGGAGAUUUCCAUACGUAUGUUAUCAAAACGGUGGCGGUGCUUUCCUCAUCCCCUACAUUUUGAUGGCCAUCUUUGGUGGUGUGCCGCUUUUUUACAUGGAGCUGGCACUGGGACAGUUCCACAGAACCGGAGCCAUAUCCAUAUGGAAACACAUCUGUCCCAUUUUCAAAGGUAUAGGAUAUGCCAUUUGUAUCAUUGCCCUCUAUGUGUCCUUCUACUACAACACCAUCAUCGCCUGGGCCCUCUUCUACUUCUAUUCCUCUUUCUCCACCAUCUUGCCUUGGACAAACUGCGACAAUGUGUGGAACACUCCCGACUGCACCAACUAUUUUGGCAUGGACAACGUCACCUGGACGAAUAAAUCCAGGUCUCCGGCAGAGGAAUUUUACACGAGGAAUGUUCUUGAGAUCCACAAGUCAUCAGGGCUGAAAAACGUUGGGGGUGUUCGCUGGCAGUUGAUGCUCUGCCUUUUUCUCAUUUUCACCAUUGUAUACUUCAGCCUGUGGAAGGGCGUGAAGACCUCAGGAAAGGUAGUGUGGGUGACGGCCACCUUGCCCUACAUUGUGCUUUUCAUCUUGCUAAUUCGAGGCGCCACUCUGCCAGGAGCCUGGAGAGGUGUGGUGUUUUACCUGAAACCCCAGUGGGGGAAGCUGCUGGAGACCAGUGUGUGGGUGGAUGCUGCUGCUCAGAUAUUCUUCUCUCUGGGGCCUGGGUUUGGGGUGCUCCUGGCUCUGUCCAGCUACAACCCUUUCACAAAUAACUGCUAUCGUGACGCCAUUGUGACCAGUUUGGUGAACUGUCUGACGAGCUUUGUGUCAGGGUUCGUGAUCUUCACGGUGCUGGGCUACAUGGCAGAGAUGAGGAAGGUGGAGGUGGAGGAUGUAGCCAGGGAUAAAGGACCAAGUUUACUCUUCAUCACGUACCCAGAAGCCAUUGCAAACAUGAUGGGUUCGACUUUCUUUGCAAUCAUCUUCUUUGUGAUGAUGAUCACGUUGGGACUGGACAGCACGUUUGGUGGGUUGGAGGCGAUCAUCACUGCUGUGCUGGAUGAAUACCCAGAUCAUUUCUCUCACAGACGUGAACUCUUUGUCCUGGGCUUGGUAGUUGUCUGCUUUUUGGGCUCUCUAAGCACCCUUACAAAUGGUGGUGCCUAUGUGGUGAAGCUGCUGGAAGAGUUCGGAGUAGGACGUUCCAUCAUAGCCGUGGGUUUCCUUGAGGCCAUUGCAGUUUCCUGGUUCUAUGGUAUCAAAAGAUUCAGCAGUGAUGUUCAGGCCAUGCUGGGCAAAUCUCCAGGAUUGUUCUGGAAGGUGUGCUGGGUUGUCAUCAGUCCAGCAUUUCUAGCGUAUAUUAUAGUGAGCUCCCUGCUGAAAGCGCCUCCCCUCACGCUGUUCGACUAUCAGUAUCCUGACUGGAGCAUCACAGUGGGAUACAUCAUUGACUUCUCAUCCUUCAUAUGGAUCCCCAUCUACAUGGUCUACAAGCUCGUGUGGACCCCUGGAUCUCUCAAACAGAGGUUGGCGGUGUGUCUCAGACCAGAGAGGACCAUACCAGACAUCCACGCCGACAGCCUCAACAUGGCCACUGUGCCAUAGAAAGCAAAACACCUUAACACAUGAAAAACAUCCCUGCUUGUAGUUCUACUCAAACCACAGUUUAAAUUUAUGAUUUGUGUCCGAACCUGAACAUUAUCUGACAUCACGACUGUUACCUGCUGAUGAUGUCCAACUUGUCAACUUUCACCGCACAUGUGCACGCUGUGAAAAAUGGUAAAUGCUGCUAAAUUUGUAACUCCAAGAAGAACUGAGAUAGCAAUACUCAUCUGUACGGUCUGUAUUCAGAUCUUUAAUAUGUAGCUUCACACGUUGCCAUUUUCAAGUGUUGCAUUUGUGCUGUGUUGUAGGAGUCAGUAGUGAUUAUAAAAACACAAUGGUCUGCUUUUCCCUUAAUCAGCUGUCUUUAUCUCAGAAGAACAAUAUGCCAAGGGAAAAACAAACAUGUAUCUCUAUAUGUAACAUUAGCACAUCUUUUCUGUUGCAUGAGGCUGUUUUCUCUUGUUCAGUUCUAUAUUUUCUGUAGUUUGUGAAAGGUGAGAUGAAACAAUGACAACACUAGUGUUGCACUUGAAACAACAGCGAGGUUAACACAGAAUAAUCAUGGCAACAGUGUUUUGUUUGGAAGCCAAACACGACCGUGCUUGCAAUUAUUUUUCUAAUGCCAUUAUCUCAAGAUCACAUGUUACUUCGUCAUCUCAAGAAAAUUAGCUUUGUUAUUUAAAGUUAAUGAGCUAAUCACGAUUGUCACGAGAAAACAAAAGAUCAUUUCCUCUUAUUACUUUCAAUGUUUAUCAGAGAUCAACAUGAGUAGAUGGGGUCCUGACAACUAGCCACUAGCCGCAUUAUUCAUCAAUGCAUCAAACUGUACUUCCAACACAGUCUAACACAGGCAGAAAUUGCAUUGUGUCUUUUUGUUGGAAGUAACAUUCAGAUCAGUCCUCAUCAGUCAGUUAUGAAUGCUCUCCCAAUAGUCUUGACAGUUAUCUUGAAGGCUGAAACUUGGUGUGAUCAACUGAACAAAAGUCAGUUCUCGGAUCUCAUAAUAUCUGAAAUCUGCCUUUUGUUUUCUUGAGAAUCAACAUAAAUUAACCUGUUGACGCUAAAAACAGCAAUUAAAAAAAUAAUUGUGAACAUAGCCAACAUGCCAAACCUUAUUCAGUGGGCUGUUCCUCCACUCAGUGGACAACAUGCCAUACAGCUUAUAUUCUUCACACCAAGUGCUCCUAGCUCUGAUGUAUUUUUGUGGCAGUUUGAACAGAUAUUGUGUAUGAUUUGUGUCAGAUCUAUAAGUCUAAAAACGUUUUUGCUGAGGAGACAGAAAAGAGAGAUUAAAUGGAACCAAACCCAAAUCAGUUUGACAGUAAAUUACAGUCCCUCCUUUAUUUUUGCUGAUGCUGUAUUUCAUAUUUAUACAGUAGAUCUGUAAUAUAGUGCUUGUAUAGGACUUCACACCAGCUGCCAGAUAUAUCUGCUGAAAAUGUUCUGUUUUUCCCCUUUGUAAUGGAGAUAAGUGAGGCACUCAGACAAAGACCACAUAAGCUCAUUUUCAGAAAAUAUCUGUUGUUUAAUUAUUGGCAUUAUAGGAAGUAGAGGCUGGAGAUACUGUACAAGUUGGACUAUGUGCAACUUUAUUGCUUCUUCAUAUUCAAAAUGAACUUUUUGAUCUUCAUCUGAUGCUUUCAUUUAACUCCAGAUAGCCUGUUUUGCCUUAAUCUGCCUAAAUAUUACACUGUAUGUACAAAAAUUGUAAAGGUUGUAUUGAUAUUGUGCCUCUCCAAUGUUUUCACUCUCUAAUUUAAGACUGUUCAAAUAUUUUUUUGCAGAGCAUAAUAUUGCUUGUGUCUUUGCCAAGUGUUAAACUUAUAUAAAAGCGCUUUACUUUAUUUAUAUUCAGAGAAUAAUGUGUUGAGCAGGGUGAUGAUUGUCAUGUGAUAUCCUUUUCAGCCUGGUUUAUGUACCUGUCAGAUGUGUA